AUGGACUGUCCUGAAGGCAACUGCGUAAUCCCAAGCCUUACGCGGGAAGAAAAACGCAAGAGAUUUGGCCAUGACCCUGCCAAUUCGCAAGAAACCUGGGAGGGCCUUCGCAACAAUAUAUACAGCAUUGGUAGAAGCUACAUUGACAACCACUGUACCGCCGCCGAAACUGAGAGCCGGCUGCAUGACCUUUGGGAUGAACUCAUCCAUGUCGCAAAGGUGACUCCAGCCCAUAGUCCAGAACAUGACCGACUCGUCAUUCUGAUCCUCGAAGCUCGAGAACUCGGCUCGUUUCCUAUCAACCAGAAAGAUAGAGAUGCGCUGCCAGGCACCAGGGUGUGCGAAGUGGCUACCAUGCCCAACGGACAGCGUCUGUGGGUCGAUUUACCAUACCUUGUGCAGGCAAUUUAUGCUGUCUGGACAAAAGAGUCAAUGAAGUUUUCAUCUCAGGAACGGCAAAGCCUGGCGGUGCUGACUGCUAAGCUGUGUGCCGUUGGCGUCUGUCCGGAUCAACUCAGCCGUUGUGCUCUUUGGCUGUUUAGGGAGUCUCUAGAGACAGCAAGGGACGGUGUUCCGCUUCCUUCUAAACCAGAAGAUGGCUCAAAUACUAUUGUUGAGCUCCUACCUGCCUGUCUAGAAUGGCUUAAACAAAGCAGUCAUAAGCUUGUAAAGCUAUCGUUGGCAGAUUAUGAUCCAGCUACGGGUUUGGCAGCUGAUCUAAAUGAUUCUCUAACGGCCCCAGGAGAACUUGCAGUCAAAUCAAAUAUCAAGCAGCCUGGUUUCAGCCUCCCUCGGUGGCUAUUUUGGAGACAACGCUUCAAAGACUUGUAUCGUUGUAGACACGAACCCCUUGUUAGCAUGGCAAGGGCUUGCUUUGACGCAUCGAUUUUCAGCGGCCUUAACACUGGGCUGACUGUUCCGGGUGAGCAGAUAUACCUAGAUCGGCUCUUCCAGGCACUUGACAAGGAACUCGCUGCUAGAGGGAAUAAAGACUCUGUUGAUGCGAGUGAGAUAGAAAUCGAUAUGGAUUGGGAUAAGGAGUAG